AUGAACGAAUUGACACUAUUGACAGAUGUGUAUUUAGCUGGAUUCCUCAUAAAAUCUAGUGAUAUAUCACCAGAAUCUAGUAAUAAAUCACCAGAAUCUAGUAAUAAAUCACCAGAAUCUAGUGAUAUAUCACCAGAAUCUAGUAAUAAAUCUAGUGAUAAAUCACCAGAAUCUAGUGAUAUAUCACCAGAAUCUAGUAAUAAAUCACCAGAAUCUAGUGAUAAAUCACCAGAAUCUAGUGAUAUAUCACCAGAAUCUAGUGAUAUGUCACCAGAAUGUAGUAAUAAAUCACCAGAAUCUAGUAAUAUAUCACCAGAAUCUAGUAAUAAAUCACCAGAAUCUAGUAAUAAGUCACCAGAAUCUAGUAAUAAAUCACCAGAAUCUAGUAAUAAAUCACCAGAAUCUAGUAAUAAAUCACCAGAAUCUAGUAAUAAAUCACCAGAAUCUAGUAAUAAAUCACCAGAAUCUAGUGAUAUAUCACCAGAAUCUAGUAAUAAAUCACCAGAAUCUAGUAAUAAAUCACCAGAAUCUAGUAAUAAAUCACCAGAAUCUAGUAAUAAAUCACCAGAAUCUAGUAAUAAAUCACCAGAAUCUAGUAAUAUAUCACCAGAAGCUAGUAAUAAAUCACCAGAAUCUAGUAAUAAAUCACCAGAAUCUAGUAAUAAAUCACCAGAAUCUAGUGAUAUAUCACCAGAAUCUAGUAAUAAAUCACCAGAAUCUAGUAAUAAAUCACCAGAAGCUAGUAAUAAAUCACCAGAAUCUAGUAAUAAAUCACCAGAAUCUAGUAAUAAAUCACCAGAAUCUAGUAAUAUAUCACCAGAAUCUAGUAAUAAAUCACCAGAAUCUAGUGAUAUAUCACCAGAAUCUAGUAAUAAAUCACCAGAAUCUAGUAAUAAAUCACCAGAAUCUAGUGAUAUAUCACCAGAAUCUAGUGAUAAAUCACCAGAAUCUAGUAAUAAAUCACCAGAAUCUAGUGAUAAAUCACCAGAAUCUAGUGAUAUAUCACCAGAAUCUAGUAAUAAAUCACCAGAAUCUAGUGAUAUAUCACCAGAAUCUAGUAAUAAAUCACCAGAAUCUAGUAAUAAAUCACCAGAAUCUAGUAAUAAAUCACCAGAAUCUAGUAAUAAAUCACCAGAAUCUAGUGAUAAAUCACCAGAAUCUAGUGAUAUAUCACCAGAAUCUAGUGAUAUGUCACCAGAAUGUAGUGAUAAAUCACCAGAAUCUAGUAAUAUAUCACCAGAAUCUAGUAAUAAAUCACCAGAAUCUAGUAAUAAGUCACCAGAAUCUAGUAAUAAAUCACCAGAAUCUAGUAAUAAAUCACCAGAAUCUAGUAAUAAAUCACCAGAAUCUAGUAAUAAAUCACCAGAAUCUAGUGAUAUAUCACCAGAAUCUAGUAAUAAAUCACCAGAAUCUAGUAAUAAAUCACCAGAAUCUAGUAAUAAAUCACCAGAAUCUAGUAAUAAAUCACCAGAAUCUAGUAAUAAAUCACCAGAAUCUAGUAAUAUAUCACCAGAAGCUAGUAAUAAAUCACCAGAAUCUAGUAAUAAAUCACCAGAAUCUAGUAAUAAAUCACCAGAAUCUAGUGAUAUAUCACCAGAAUCUAGUAAUAAAUCACCAGAAUCUAGUAAUAAAUCACCAGAAGCUAGUAAUAAAUCACCAGAAUCUAGUAAUAAAUCACCAGAAUCUAGUAAUAAAUCACCAGAAUCUAGUAAUAUAUCACCAGAAUCUAGUAAUAAAUCACCAGAAUCUAGUGAUAUAUCACCAGAAUCUAGUAAUAAAUCACCAGAAUCUAGUAAUAAAUCACCAGAAUCUAGUGAUAUAUCACCAGAAUCUAGUAAUAAAUCACCAGAAUCUAGUAAUAAAUCACCAGAAUCUAGUGAUAAAUCACCAGAAUCUAGUGAUAUAUCACCAGAAUCUAGUGAUAUAUCACCAGAAUCUAGUAAUAAAUCACCAGAAUCUAGUAAUAAAUCACCAGAAUCUAGUGAUAAAUCACCAGAAUCUAGUGAUAUAUCACCAGAAUCUAGUAAUAAAUCACCAGAAUCUAGUAAUAAAUCACCAGAAUCUAGUGAUAUGUCACCAGAAUCUAGUAAUAAAUCACCAGAAUCUAGUGAUAAAUCACCAGAAUCUAGUGAUAUAUCACCAGAAUCUAGUGAUAUAUCACCAGAAUGUAGUAAUAAAUCACCAGAAUCUAGUAAUAUAUCACCAGAAUCUAGUAAUAAAUCACCAGAAUCUAGUAAUAAAUCACCAGAAUCUAGUAAUAAAUCACCAGAAUCUAGUGAUAUAUCACCAGAAUCUAGUAAUAAAUCACCAGAAUCUAGUAAUAAAUCACCAGAAUCUAGUAAUAAAUCACCAGAAUCUAGUAAUAAAUCACCAGAAUCUAGUAAUAAAUCACCAGAAUCUAGUAAUAUAUCACCAGAAUCUAGUAAUAAAUCACCAGAAUCUAGUGAUAUAUCACCAGAAUCUAGUGAUAUAUCACCAGAAUCUAGUAAUAAAUCACCAGAAUCUAGUAAUAAAUCACCAGAAUCUAGUGAUAUAUCACCAGAAUCUAGUAAUAAAUCACCAGAAUCUAGUAAUAAAUCACCAGAAUCUAGUGAUAAAUCACCAGAAUCUAGUGAUAUAUCACCAGAAUCUAGUAAUAAAUCACCAGAAUCUAGUGAUAUAUCACCAGAAUCUAGUAAUAAAUCACCAGAAUCUAGUGAUAUGUCACCAGAAUCUAGUAAUAAAUCACCAGAAUCUAGUGAUAUAUCACCAGAAUCUAGUGAUAUAUCACCAGAAUCUAGUAAUAAAUCACCAGAAUCUAGUGAUAUGUCACCAGAAUCUAGUAAUAAAUCACCAGAAUCUAGUGAUAUAUCACCGGAAUCUAGUGAUAUAUCACCAGAAUAUAGUGAUAUAUCACCAGAAUAUAGUAAUAAAUCACCAGAAUCUAGUGAUAAAUCACCAGAAUCUAGUGAUAAAUCACCAGAAUCUAGUAAUAAAUCACCAGAAUCUAGUAAUAAAUCACCAGAAUCUAGUGAUAUAUCACCAGAAUCUAGUGACAAAUCACCAGAAUCUAGUGAUAUGUCACCAGAAUCUAGUAAUAAAUCACCAGAAUCUAGUGAUAUAUCACCAGAAUCUAGUAAUAAAUCACCAGAAUCUAGUUAUAUAUCACCAGAAUCUAGUGAUAUAUCACCAGAAUUUAGUGAUAUAUCACCAGAAUCUAGUGAUCACCAGAAUCUAGUGAUAUAUCACCAGAAUCUAGUGAUAUAUCACCAGAAUUUAGUAGUAUAUCACCAGAAUCUAGUGAUAUAUCACCAGAAUUUAGUAGUAUAUCACCAGAAUCUAGUGAUAUAUCACCAGAAUUUAGUGAUAUAUCACCAGAAUCUAGUGAUCACCAGAAUCUAG